AAGUCCAGAGCUGGGCGGGUGGGGAAUAUAUGCAUGUCAGGCCAGAGAAAAAGCAGGGAAAUCUACCGUGGAGAGAAGAGAGAGGGGGAAAAGAAGAGCGGGAGGGGUGAGGAGAAUCCUGUGGAUGAAGGAGAAGGCGGAGCGAAGCCGCUCCUGCUCUCUAGCAGUCGGCUAAAGACAGAUGGGAGGAUGUUUUGACCAACUAGGGGAGCCAAUCGCAGCCAGGGAGCAGCCCCCUACAUUAGGGCAGGGCUAGUCUGAGGGAGUGUGUGACUCAACUUAAAGAGUGUGUUCACAGGCAGCCUGUUGUUGUUGAGCGCUCGUUUCUUUUCUCUCAUGGUUGUGCAGACGUUGAAGACGAUGAAGAUCCAGGAGUCGCCGGUCACUUGUGACGCGGGUAGGGUCGGCGGAGAGGUGCGCGGCCCGGACUCAGACUGCGAGAAGACAAGCUGUGAGGACGUGCCCCGGUUGGAUCUGACAGCACUGACUGAGGACAACAACUGGGGAGAUUCUCCGUUUUGUAACUCCCCUUUCCUUGAUUUCAAAAGCAUUUUCUAUCCAAGUUGUUGCGAUGAACCAACCCCGGCGUACUCGCUGCAGAGGGAGAGCAUGGACCGCGAGGAGGCCAGGCUGUCCCCUCACUGUGGGGGGCGUCUGAUCCGCCAGCUCCUGGAGGAGUCCAGCGACCCGAUGGUCUCCCCUCGGUUUUACGCCUACGGACACUCCCAGCAGUACCUGGAUGACACGGAAGUGCCUCCAUCGCCACCUAACGCUCACUCGUUCAUCAGUCGCAGGCGGAGUUCAUCACUUGGCUCCUGUGAUGAUGAAAGAGAGGAGCUGACCUCCGCCCAGCUCACAAAGAGGAUUCAUGUACUGAAGAAAAAGAUCCACAGGUUUGAGGAGAAGUAUGAAGAGGAGCGAAAAUACAGGCCCUCCCACAGUGACAAAGCUGCAAACCCAGAAGUGCUGCGGUGGAUGAAUGAACUGGCUAGGCUUCGCAAAGAGCUAAAAGAACACAAGCUGAUGAAGUCUGAGGAGGACCUGACGCCUCAGCCCCGCCAGCGCAGCAACACGCUGCCCAAAAGCUUCGGCUCGCAGCUGGAGAAGAAACCUCAGCAGGAGAAGGCGUCGAAGCCGCCGGUGGAAAGCACCCUGGAAGGAAUUCAGAAGAAGCUGCAGGAGAAGAGGGACGAGGUGAACCGCCCCGAGGACAUCAAGGAUAUGACACGGGAGCAGAUCGCCGCAGAGAAAGUCGCCCUGCAGAAAGCUCUUCUCUACUACGAGAGUAUCCACGGCCGACCGAUGACGAAGAGCGAGAGGCAAAUCAUGAAGCCGGUGUACGACAGAUAUCGCCUGGUGAAGCAGAUCCUGUGUAGAGCCUCCACCAUUCCUGUCAUAGGCUCUCCCUCCAGCAAGCGCAGAGGUCCCCUCCUACAGCCCAUUAUCGAGGGUGAAACCGCACUCUUCUUCGAUGAUAUCAAGGAGGAAGAGGACGGCUCGGAGGAUGACGGAGACGCCAAGACCCAGUUCACCGUGACCGUGCGACCCGACAUCGGCGUGUUCAGCUUCCUGGAGCACGCGGAUGAGGAAGUGGAUGGUUUCAUUUCACCCGUGGACGAACUUUCCCCGUCCAAGAACACGAUGGACACGAGGCUGUCCAACCUGCACUCAGCUACUAUGCAGGAACUUGUAGAGCAGCUCCAAGAGACGAGAGAGGAGAAGAAGAGGAUUCGCAAGAACUUGAAAGAGUUUGAGGACCAGUUUUUUAGACAAAACGGAAGGAACGUGCAGAAGGAGGACCGCUCCCCACUGGCUGUGGAGUACAACGAAUACAAGCACGUCAAAGCCAAACUGCGGCUGCUCGAAGUGCUCAUCAGCAAAAGAGACUCAACUAAAUUCAUCUGAAUAAAGCAAAGACUCAAUAAGAGGACUGGUGCUGUGUCUCCAGUGUCACAGUCAACACAUCUCACCUUGCUAGAAACAGUCAUGUUUUCCUCGCUGUUGGAUGCUGUUGACGCGCUCCGUCGAGCUCGAGGGUUUCCCUCCGUCAAACUGCUGCGCCUGGAAAAACGUUGUCGUCACCUCGAGGAGGGGACGUCACUCCGGACGAAGCAACAUACGCACAAACUAAACUGAAUCACACUUGUAUUGCUGAUAAUUUAUUUUGAAUGUUUGUCUCAUGCACAGCCGUAGAAGUCUUAAAAACCCCCAAAAAGAACCCAAAACACUUGAUAAUUCGGUCAUUAGCUAUAAAAUUGUCGCUGCUUUUUAAGGAUCGCGUGUAUUUUUCUAAAGGAGAUGUUACUCGAUCAUGCUGACAGUACCGAAGUUUCACUUUCCACAGCAUUAAAUCCUCUUCUGUAAAAGUUUUAUCGUUUGAAAGAAGUGGUUUCCUCUUUGACUGGGGCCCAAAGACAGCAGCUCAGAGCGCACACAGUGAGCCAAAAUCUUUCAUCUCCUGGAAAUCACCCAGUUUCAAGAUGACCACUGACACUUGCUGCGUUUUUGUACGCCUUAACCUGCUUUCCCCUCAUUUACUUGAUGUUAAAUAAGCUAUCGUCCCCUUUAAAUCACUGCUGUGUUUGCUCACACCGAUUAACACUGACAAGGCCAGUUCUGAGGCGAGCGCGGGCGUGGUCGACGAAGCCUCGUCCUCUGGUCCUCGCUGUAGUUUGUUUGUUUGUAAAUAUGGAUUAUCGUAUAUGUUUACAUUUCUGUGAGCGAGUACUUUAUCCCUUUUUUUUUUCUCUCCAAUUUUCUGGAUGGUAAUCAGUGUGAAUUUGUUUUCACUGAAUGUAAACACUGGCCGGGCUUAAUGAACUGAGUGUGUACAUUUUAGUACAUAAAUUGUAUUUUGUAUAUAAUGUGAAUGAAAUCAUAUUUUUACUGAA